UAUGAUAGUCAUAAGACAGUUUGUUUCAAAGAAUUUUAUGUGAUUUUCUUUAAUGUUUUAUAACUUUCUUUGCAAAUUACAUAGUUUAAACAUUAGUGAGUAUAAUAUUGCUAAUAUUAAAUUAUUAUACAUAUUUGUAGCUUUUUAAAACUAUUUUGUUUCUAUUUUGUUUUCUACUUAAAGAAUUUGAUUUCAACUAAUUUUACAUAAAAAUAAAGAAAUGUAAGAACUAUAGCUUUUUACUUCUUCCAUUAUCGAAACAGAUUAUUUUUCUUUACUAGUAUUAACAUAGUGAAAUGUGUAAUUUCCGAGGAAUAAGCGGGUGUCAUUUUAGAAAACCUAUGUCAAGAUCGAUGAUUCUCUAAUUAUCUAAUUUAAAUAUUUAAAUAAUUUCAUGAUGAUACUCUUAAAUGUUGCCCUCUUAUAAUUUUGAUCUCUUUUCUUGACUUUCUAUUUCUUUAAUUUAUUGAAUUUUUGACGAAAUAUAGUGCGUUUAUUUUUGGUGAUGAUAAACGUUUGCGCUAAGAUUGAUUAAAAUUUGAGUGAGAUAAAAAAGACUUUUCUUAUUAAAUGUUAGUUACCGGAAAAAACCCAGACUUAAAGAUUUCUUUAAGAUAUGUUAUGAUAAAAAUGUCUUAAAGAUAUCUUUUAUAUAUUUAACAUGAUAUUUUGAAGACACGUUUUGAAGAUACUUUUAAAACAUAUUUUAUUAUAACUUACAUAUAUAUAUAUUUUUUUUGAAAAAUCAUAACAUGCUUUAAGACACCUUUAAGGCGUUUUUAAAACGCCUUUUAUAUUCCUAUUGUGGAUAUAAUACUAUCUAGAAAAUAUAUGACUCAAAAUCGAAAAAUUUGUGAUAUACAAUAAUGCCUUUUGCUAUUUGUACUACGAAAAAAUACAGUUGUCUUGGAAUAUUCUGUACUUUGUUUCGGAUCUUUACUUUUCUGAUCAGCUAUUCAAUAGGAAGAAUUUAUGAAUAGAUGUUCUAAUAUGUUUCUGUAUCAUUGAGCGUUACCGUUCGUUUUACCAGCUUUGGUUCGGACGUGGUCGAGAAUUAUUGGUGACACAAGUGUUUCCUAUCCGGCGUGUCAGUGUGUAUACAAUAAAGCGGCUUAUUUUUCAUGUCUCUAUGUCGUAAGAGACACGUCGAUAGCAAGUGUGCAACGAAUAUGAGACGUGAGUGUUUCGUCGUGAAUGUUUCAACUGAAUUUCAGUGAAUGUCGCAUGAAGGUUUCUUGGGCCCGUGGGGCCUACCAAUCGUAAUUGUGAUAGGCGUAGGAAUUAUCUUGAUUGCGUUGCUCCUGUUUGUUUGCUUCCUCACGCCUGGCUGCAUUGGUUAUGAAUGCUUCAAGAAAAAAAACAAGGAGGACAAGAGUGUAUCGCUAAGAACGGAGAGCCAGGCAAAAGACAACUUAAAAUUAAAUGACAUCAGCUAUAGAUCUUGGAGACUUGGCAGUUUAUACGAAAAUGAUAAUAAUGGUACUAUUAGUGAGAAUGGAGAAUCUCAUAUGGACUCAUUUAAUUCUACCAACGCUCAAUGCAAGAAUGUGGAGUAUUCUUCUACAUUGAAUUUGAUUUACCCAGACAAGCAGAAAAAUGAUGAAAACGUGAAAGAAUUUCCAACUGAAUUGACAAUGAGUUUGCAAUAUUUGCCUCCCUGCGACAUUAUUCCUGGGAAGCUCAUUAUCGGUAUUGAAGCGCUGUGUGGCCUUCCUCCAAAACAAUACAACGGCACAUUGGAACCUUAUGUCGCGUUGAAUAUUAUGAAACAAUCAUGGAGUCACAAGAAGCGGCAAAAAUUGCAUAGUUUUAGAACAAGGAGCAUUAGGCAUACUGCCAGUCCAAUCUACAAAGAGACUUUUGUCAUUGCAAACACAAAGCCGCAGGAAACUAAAGAAUGGAUAUUAGAUAUUACUGCAUAUGAUCACGACAGAUACGCAAAUCACACAGAAUUGUGUUCACUCAAGGUGUCGUUGAAAGAUAUGAAAAAGAUUUUUUAUAGUCCGGAAAUUCAUCUAUUCAAUUACAAAAUGAAAUCAUCAUAUCAGGAGUUUGGCAAUAUUUUGUUAGCUCUAAGCUAUCUACCUACUGCAGAAAGACUGACUAUUAACAUUAUGAAGCUGCGCGAUAUCAAAUUUAUACCAUCUGUACUGAGUUUAAAUAAAUUUAAUCCGUAUGUUAGAGUAUUAAUGUUAAAUGGAAAGACGGGCAAGAAGAUGAAGAAGAAAAAAACUAAAUUCUUGCGUGCCAUCGCACAACCGGAAUUUAAUGAGAUUUUGACGUUUGAUUUGGCAGUCACCCAACUCGAUACUGUUCAAUUUCUAGUGGUGCUUUGUAGCAAGGUUUUUCCAGAAGGAUUAUCUAUUGCCGAUGCAAGUGACAGUGAGGAUUCUGUUAGUUCGUUUAAAAAACCUGCCGAUAUUUUUAUUGGUAAAGUAGCUCUUGGAAAAAGUGUAAGAGGUUCGACGGAGAGACUGCAUUGGUUUUCAGUGCUUCAAAAUCCAAGGAAACUUGUCACCGUUUGGCAUACUCUAAAAUAAUAAAUACCAUUGUUAUGUUAUAUGUACAGGGUGUUGCAGAUACAUUUAGGACGUACAACUGGUUGCAUACGGCAGACUGCUAGGGACAGUUGUAAUGAAAUUUAAUUAUUUAAUUUUUAAUUUGAAUUGUUGAAGGAAUAAUUGUAGGAAUUUUAUGUUUAAUUUAAGUAAAUAUAAAAAGAUUAGUAGCUUAUUUGUCUGUAGUUCAUAUGAAUAUAAUAUUGUGUUUUAAUAACUAUGUAUAAAUUAAGUAUUUUAGGUAGAUAUAUUAUGAUGAUUUCUCAUGGAUUAUGUUUUUCAGGAUCAUUUUAUAUAGUAAAUUUAUUUUAUAGACGGAGUGGGAGUCUUUUGUUAAUUUUUAAUAAGGGAAUAAUAAGAAAAAUAUCUUUUGUAAUAAUUUGGUGAUUUUUAUUGUGUGUGGCUAAUUUUUCUUUUCCUUCCUCAUUAAAUUUUUUUAGAGAGUUAAUAAUUUUAAUGAUUAUUUUACAUGACAAAUUUUAUUACGCCUAAUCAAUUGUGUGUCCUAAAUGUUUCUGCAACACCCUGUACAUGUUAUGAAAAAAAUAAUUGUAUUGUUUACCAGCAACUUUUAUAAACUAAUGCAAUUGCAAAGACAUGCAGUCUCAUAUUUAUUUUAGAAUAUAAUACCAUUAAUAGACGUAUAAAACGACGAAAAACUAUUUUGUAAAAUAAUAAACUUUACUUAAGCGGAUGCUAAAUCGCAAGUUACUGACAUUUACAGCAUCUAAAUAUCUUCAAAUUGUCGUUACAGAAUCACAAAAACUUUGUAUAGAAUUAAAAUACGCGUAAAAAGAAGAGGUGCUUAGAUAAAUUUUACAAGAAAAUCAAACAAAAAUUAAUGAAUUAUUAAAAAUUUUUGUAUAGCCGUCACCUGAGAUUAACUGUACCUUAAUACACAAGUUGUGUAGCUCGUACGUACAAAAUGAGAGUAGAGAACCCUUCAGAAGACACGCACGAACGACAUUGAUCGUGAAAUUACGACUAAACGCCUAACAAAGAGAUAUCCUAAUGUGUUUUUACCGCAUGUAUAUUUUGCUCAGCGAACUGAACUGUCACAAACAGAGCAGUAAUGGUGUCCAAUAAUAGUUGAUAGGUCUUUUCGCAGAUGGCAAUAUAAUCAAAGAACAAAGACAGAUCUAUGCGUUGGAUAAAGAGCGAUAGUCUGAUUUCGCUCAAAAAAUAAUCUGCAAUUACCGACGUUGAGGAAGUUCUUCUGUUUAGCAUCCUCUUAAAUCAUCGUUCUGAAUUAAUAAAGAAAAAUAUAUUAAAAUAUGAAAUAAGAAUUGGCAUUUUUCAAUCCAAGAGGAUGGUUAAUAAUUUUGUAAAACCUAAGUGGUAAUCUUCAACUUUCUACGAGACCCAAGUAUACUAUUUUUGUGUUCUUAGUAAAAAUCUUCCUAUUCUAACUUAACUUGAAUGUAUUUAAUUUAAAAAAAAUAUUUUCAAUAAAAUAUAACAUUUACUUUGUGACGAUGCACCCCUUGUAACAAGCAUCGCCCCGGCGAACAUCAGCCGGAAAGGCCGCCGGGCUAUAACCGGGGAUACCUCGGGUGCCCAUUUUUAAUACUCAAACACAGAAAUACCGCCUGGCGGCAAACACCGCCAGAAGAGACGCGCCGAGCCAUCGCACGCGCUGAGUCGGUGCGCACGCGCACUCGGAAGAUACGCAGUUUUCCGUACUUCGACGACCCCGCUGUCAAGCGCCGAAAAGUAUCGGAGGCGAGCGGAGUCGGUAUAAAUAGGGCCAACACGCCGAGAAACGGCGACUCCGUCACCAGCCAGCACUUCGAUAACGAUCCGCUGCGCCUGUGACAUACCGCUCCCGAAGUCGGAACAACGGUCGAAGAGUGGCUUGGCCGUGGCGAGAGAAUACUCCGCCUCCGAUACUGAUCCUUUUGAGCCUACAGUCGUCCGAAAGCUGAGACCCGCUCAGAACAUAGAGUCUUGGUUAGCGAGCCAGUCCCCGGAGGCUACCCUCUUCACCUCGCGACACUCACCAAAAACCGCGACCGCCGUGUUCGGGGUCCCGGGUCAAGACUACUUGACAGGGUGCCGCGCGUCCAGCUCCACCUGCGACGAUCCGGUCGCGGACGCCGUAUCGCGCGGAAAUUCGACCCGCCCGUGAUAACCGCGACUCGACGGCUAGCCCGCGGACCGUACCGUAAGACCACGCCUACCGCGUCACGAAACUCGCUACACGCCGGUCAUAGACCGCGCCUGCACGAGACCGUGCCUGUAUGUAGAAAUACCACUGUACAAAUCUAGCGUCUCAGCGCGCCUAUCUCUGUAUAUACAUAUAUUAUUGUGUACAUAUUGUCCGUCUCGUAAGUUAGCCAAAAUACAUGUUGAUACACUCAAACCA